AUGGAGAUCCUCGCCCGGCUGCCGGCCAAGUCCGUGGGCCGCUGCCACUGCUUGUCUCGCGCGUGGCGCGCCAUGCUCUCAUCGGACAACUUCGUGGGCCUGCACGUGCGGCUUGCCAGCAAGCUGGGACACCCACAGCUGCUCCUCUCCCCGGUAGGGUCCUCCUACGAUGGCUACAUAUAUUCAUGGCGGCCCAGUGGUAGUGGUGCGGUCGAGAAGCUCAUGCUCGAUGAUUUUGGGGGAGGGGAUACCGUGCCCCUCACCAAGCCCUACCGUGGCCUAGUUCUAAUCCGGGCCACUGACGGUGGUAGUUACUUCAUUUGUAACCCUUCCACGGUGAAGGAGAAGAACCCAGCUGUCUUCUUAAACGGGUAUCUGCACUUCGUAUGCUGUGACGGUGGCAUCACCAUCAUCAACAUCAGCGAUGAGACCUUCGCUUCGUUGCCUCCACCAUCUGGAUUAUUCGAGAAUGAGACAGCAGAACCCUUGCUGACUGAGCUGAACGGGUAUUUGUGUUUAUACUAUGGAGAUCGUCCAUAA